AUGUCCAUCUUGCUUCAGCGCAGCAAUGAUGCUCUCAAAAUAAACCCCCCAGUGGGUGGUCACCAUUUCACGGUAUCAGGUUCUGAUUGGCUAUGGACCGUAACUGCCAUAUACCUAUUUGCUCUACUACUCGUAGUCGGCCAUUCUUACGUUGCUCGUUCUGGAGAGAAGAUAUUCCACUACCUGUUUACGAUCUCACUCUUCGUCGGAGCUGUAGCAUACUUCACUAUGGCCAGUGACCUAGGAAGUACCCCCAUCGCAACAUCGACAGGUGAUUCUGGCACUCGGCAGAUAUUCUACGCAAAAUACAUCAAUUGGUUCGUGGGAUGGGCGCCGAUUCUCAUCGCGGUCGGUCUGGUGUCCGGUGUGAGCUGGGCAACAAUAAUCUAUAACAUCGGCCUGUCCUGGGUCUGGAUAGCAUCCUGGCUCUCUGGUGCUCUGGUAGCUACACACUACAAGUGGGGUUUCUAUGCCUUCGGCGUCUUCGCCUAUUUCCUCCUCGUGAGCUCCCUUCUCUACACCGGCAGCAUCACCGCCAGGCGUCUCCAAAUCAAGAGCAGCUACUUGCUCCUGUCAUCGUGGCUCACUUUCAUCUGGGUUCUGUAUGCUAUUGCCUACGGUCUUGAUGAUGGCGGUAAUGAAAUUAGCGUCACCAGUGGAUUUAUUUUCUUCGGUAUCCUGGACGUUCUCAAUGUUCCUGUCAUUGCAUGCACGGUCUUGUUUUUGAGCAGAAACUGGGAUUAUCGUAGCUUGAACCUUUAUUUCACCCAGUACGGACGUGUCGCUCAGGGAGGCGAAUUCCCGGAACGGGAGAAGGGUGUUGUCGAGCCUGUCUCCACUACAGCUCCAGCUCCAGCUCCAGCUGCGGCUUCGGCUCCAGGGGAGACUGUCUGA